GUCUGCGCUCGCUCAGUCUUCAAACGGAAAUCGUCGCGAUCGCACGCGUUAAAACUUUCCAAGCUUGAAGGUGGCUGAUGAUCGAAGUGUUUUAUGUUUAAGUAAUUGACUGCUAAAUCCCAAAGCUUACUCACCAGGCCAAUAUAUAGCUGACGCACCUGACUGAAUAUUAUUUAAUUUACGACCGAGUGAUAAGCGAAUUAAUUAACAAUUGAUAAAAAAGAAGUUAUCAGACAAAUCAAACGAAAAUGCGUGUCAGCAACGGUUUGACAUUCUGCAGUCUCUUGCUUUUGGCGCUUCUGACGACGGGUUUCUCUCAUGCCAAGCCCUUGGACGAAGUGAAGAAAACUGAUACCGAGCUAAGUGAUUCGAAUGGGCAGGCAUUCAAAAAUAAAACAGCUGUCAGCGCUGGCGAGGAGCUAAACACGGCAACGAAUUUAGUGCUUGCGGGCAACUAUAAAUACGAUGUGGAAAUACUUGAGUCUGGGGACAACGAGGAUGAGGAUCGGGAUAGCAGCGAGGAGUUGGAGGAGCGUUUCAAGGGCCACGGCAUUUUUAACACGGACACCGAUACUUUCGUAGCUGAAAAUAUUGAGAUGACACCUGUGGACGUGGAGUCGGGUGCCAUUAGCGAAAGCCAUAUGCUGCUCAGCAUUAUUCUUGUGGUAGUGGCUCUGGUGUCAGUGUGUCUAUACGCUGGACUCGUUAUAUGGAGAUCUCACUUAGAGCAACGUUAUGGCAUGCGCGAAAGACUCGUUAAUCGGGAUGUGGAUGAAGAGGGUGUUGACGACACGGACUAUCAUGUGACAUAUCCCCACACACUAAGCCCCUACGCACCAACCACAACGACGGCUACGACUCGUUCGUAGUCUGGUGUCAAUUUUUGUGUAGGAUGAGAUUCAUUAACGCUUAAGUUUAUUUUAAAGUGCACGUGAUAACAUCGCCUGCAUUCACACACCAUUGUUUGUGUGUAUACCAGACGGGUGUUUCAUGUGCAUUGUCAAUUGACUAACACCUACAUAAUCGC